AUGCAAGUUGGCCAGCAAGCACUCGCCUCCAUGAUUAAGGCGAGCGGUGGCGGCGACAUCGUGCUCAAGCAUCUCGACCUCUCCUCGCUGGCCUCGGUGCGGAGUCAGGGUGAAGACAUCCUCGUCAGCGAGUCGCAGCUCGACUUGCUCGUCAACAAUUCCGGUCGCACGGCGCCUUAUAAGCGGACACUCAGCAUGGACGGAUUAAAGACGACCACGCAGAGUAAUCACUUGGGACACGCGCUGCUCACCAGCCUCUUGCUGGAUCUGCUCAAGUGUUCGGCCCCGUCGCGAGUCGUCAUCGUCUCGUCCAUGGCGCACGCCUGGGCACGCCUAAAACCGGAUGACCCGUUCCUCGAGCACCACUACACGCACAGCCGCUCGUAUGGUCUCUCCAAGCUGUACAACCUGUACUUCGCCCGCGAGCUGGCCGACAAGCUGCGUGGCGAACAGGUCACCGCCAACGCACUCCACCCGAGUCUGGUCAGGUCGCGCUUCUUCCGCGAGCCGGUCACCACGUACUACUCGAAGUUCCUCGGAUACGUCGUCAUACUCUUGUUCGUAAAGUCCCCCUUGGAGGGUGCGCCGACGAGCAUCCACCUUUGCCUGUCGCCAAAGUUGACGCACAGGACAGGCCGCUACUUCAUGGAGUGUCGCGAGACGAUGCCAGAUGAGCAUGCGAUGGACCCAGUGCUCCAACUGAAGACCUGGGAUGUCACCGAACAGGCUCUCAACGUGCACCUCUGCAGCUGA